UCUCGACGAUUGAACAAGGUGUUUCCUCACAAAACUAGGCGUUUCUACAGACUCUCAGCAUUAUGUAUUUUAUUUCUUACUAGUCAACCCUUGUCUAAAUAGACAAGAGUUGGCAAACCCAUAGAAAUGUCUACGAGACAUUUCUACUCUUCAAGAAGAAAACGCGAUGAAAUCAACCGAAAUCAGCAAACUCAAAAUGAUUUAAAGCUCGUGGUGUUUCCAGAUACAGGGUAUUUUUACAAUAUUGGUAUAUACUUGACAGGCAUGACUGAAAAAACUCAAUCGUUUUCGUUUGACAAGGAGAUAGGAGACAACACUCAAACUAUUAUAGAACAAGAACUACAAAAACAACAAACUGACGAAGUGGUUCCUUUUAGUAACGAGGAAAAUACGGAUGAAGCAGAAUAUGAUCCAGAUGGUAAAAAUUAUGAUAGCCAUAGAACCAGCUGGCUUAUGACAACUAUUCUUGUUAUCGCAGAAACAGCUUCUUCUGGUCCCCUUUCUAAUCCUUCUGCUGUUGCAGUUGUAGGCUUUGUUCCCGGUACCAUUCUGUUUGUAGCACUGGGAGUUAUUGCAACUUACACUGCUGUGUUGCUUCACGAAUAUUGGAAAGAACACCAACAUAUCAGAAAUUAUGAUGAAGCUGGAGAAAUUAUAUUUGGUAGAGUUGGAAAAGAAGUGCUUUUGUGGUGUCAAAUUGCUCUGUUGAUAUUCUUUAAUGCAUCGGUUAUCGAACCUGCCGCUGAUGCACUAUACGUCCUUGGAAACCAGAAAACGUGCUAUGUCAUUUUUAGUGUUGUAGUUACUGUCUUCGGAAUUCUAAUUUCCAUUCCAAGGACUCUUCGAGGAGUCAGCUAUCUAUCUAUUAUAGCAAUCAUUAGUUGGUUAGUUGCUGUUAUUCCAACUAUGGUUGGAGUGGCAACACAAGAUGCUCCUAUGCCGGGAGUCAAACCUGGAACCAAUAUUCAUCUUUCUAUUGCAAGCUCCGCUAGUUUUUAUGACAUAGUAGGUGCAGUCAACGACAUUGUCUAUGCCUAUUCAGGACACAUGGUGUUUUUCAACUUGAUUCUAGAAAUGCGUCAUCCUAUGGAGUUUCGAAAAGCUGUAAUUAUUGCAUUCGCGAUAACCACUUUCAUAUAUACCUUCUAUGGAGUCUUCAUUUAUGCAUACACGGGUAUCUAUGCGCAGAGUCCCUAUUUCUUCAAUUUGGUCAAUCCAAAACUUCAAAAAGCAACUUUUUUCUUGCAAAUUCCCAAUCUACUAAUAGCAGGAGUCAAUUAUGCCUAUUUGGCGACAAAGAAUGUCUUAAGAAGAUUUCCAUCUAAGCGUACCGCAGCUUAUAAGAACGACUUGAAAAGUUGGGCUCUAUGGUUGUUUCUCGUUGCAACAUUCUGGUGGGUUCCCUGGUUACUGGAAGAGUUAAUUCCUGUCUUUGACGAUCUGAUUGGUAUUGGAGGAGCUCUAUUUGCAAGUCAAUUUACCUACGGUCUUCCUUGCCUUUUCUGGUGUUAUCAACAUCGUUCCAAAUUAUUCCGCUGGCCGUUUAUACUUUUGACAAUUAUUAACGUGAUUAUUUUCCUCCUUUCUUGGUUAAGUCUUGGUGUCGGUGUCUAUGCAAACAUUGAUAAUAUCAAAAUGCUUUCAGAUUCUGGAGCGAUUCCAAAACCCUUCAGUUGCUCCCAGUAAUACUUGCAUGAAUAGUUGUUUAUCUUGGAUUGUCUUCUGCUUUAGUAAAACCUUGCUUUUUAUAGAUGUUCAUAUUUUAUAACUUUUUUUUCCUUUCAAUGAUACCUCCAAUGAUUAAACUAGUUCUAAUAUCC